AUGGAGACCUUCAUCCCCACAUCUCCAGAAGAUUCAAGAAACUUGUCCUCUACCUCUACCCCUUCUCCCAACAUCAUCAUCACCGUCGUUCUUGACGAUUCGAACUACCCUCUCUGGUCCCAGUUGAUGGACAUGCGUAUAGGGGCCAGAAACAAGUCAGGCUACCUCACCGGAGCCACAGUGAAACCACCCACCACUGACCCUCAUUAUGAUACAUGGAUUACUGAGAACAAAAAAGUGAAAAGAUGGCUCAUCGAAUCAAUGACGUUGUCCUUGAUGCAGCGGUUCAUCCGCCUUGAAUCCGCUCGAGAAAUUUGGGAUGCGGCGCUUCGUACCUUCUAUGACGGAUCAGACGAUACCUGCCUCUUCGAACUUCAUCAGCGCUCCUUCUCCACGAAACAACUCGAUCGUCCUCUGUCUACAUACUACAACGAUCUUCUGACCAUUUUCCAAGAGAUUGACCACCGCAUGUCAUCUCCAGCCACCACUGUCAAUGAUGUGGUCAACACGCACUCCUCCUUAGCCCGUAUGCGUGUCUACAACUUUCUGAGUGCAGUCGAUUCUGAAUACGACCAUGUUCGAGGAGAGAUUCUCAGGAAAGAUCCGAAGCGGACCUUGAGGGAACAUAUGCGUUCCUCCGUCGUGACAAUCAACAGCGCAUAA